AUGGUAAGAAUUGGAUGCGGGGAAAGACCGGCAGAACUGUUGCGUUCGAGUCGUAUAGUGGGAGGAGUGGACGCGUACUACGGAGAGGCCCCGUGGCAGGCGCUCCUCAAGGAGGCCAAGUUCUUCGGCUUCUGGAAGUUCAACAAAUGCGGUGCUGUUCUCGUCAGUCAUAAUUGGGUCAUAACAGCCGCGCACUGCAACACCGGUCUCUUCGGUUCACUUCAAGUGGUUUUCGGCGAAUAUAAUCUUAAGAAUCCCGAAAUGAUUGAAACGGGAAGUACUGUCGUCGAGAACCCACCUGUUGUUAGAAGAGCUAAACGAGUAAUAAUUCAUCCAAAGUAUAAUCACAUGACUUUAGAAAAUGAUUUGGCGCUCAUUGAGUUGGACUCCGAUGUGGAAUAUGAGCGACACAUACAACCCAUUUGUCUGCCAGAAAAAGAUACAGAUUUUGUCGGUUCGGAAGCGUAUGUGAGCGGUUGGGGUGUCAUGUCUUAUGCGGAGAAAAAUAUACCGGAAGUGUUGCAAAUAGUAAAGGUUCCCAUCGUUUCAAAUGAGAAAUGUGAACAAAUGUAUAGAAAAACGAAAUACCAUUUCGUGGCCAGAGAUACCAUAGUCUGCGCCGGAUAUGCCAUCGGAGGUAAAGACUCGUGUGAAGGAGAUUCCGGCGGACCAUUGGCUGUACGAUAUGGACCUGAAGGGCGCUGGACUUUAGUGGGCAUUGUUUCCAAUGAACAUGAAAUGUCUUCAGAUAUAGAGAUGGACUCCAUUUGUAAACAAAUGCAAGAGAAGGCUCUGAAUGCGACCAAAUGCUCGCUCGCCAUCAGGUCUUGGGAUCACAAUUAUCUCAACACUUCUCACAAAUUCAAUCAAAUCCUCAAACAUGAGAACAAUGAAUGUCUUGAGAUGCUUUCAUCUCUUAUACAAAAUGAAUACAAAGGGAAGCGAAUCGAGAAAAUGGUUGUCGACGAAGACAAGAGUGAUCUCAUCACUGAACUCAAUGAUAAUAUCUUUGAUAAAAUUGGGAACUAUUUGGAUGAGGCGUUGGGUCUGAAGCAAAAGGAGGCGGACCUCGUGUUGGCCACCGUUGGCGCCGACAAUAAGACAUCUGUCAACUCGUGCACCACUUCUUCGUGGAAUAGGCAUAUAAUUCGUGCCAAAAGAGGAGUCAAUUGUAAACUACUUUCGGCUAAAGUGGUGGAGAGAUCACAGAUGAGGUUCAAAGACAAGAUCGACAACAGUAACCAUCCAUUCGUCCCCAUAAUCAAAGAGAAGGCCAACUCUAUUAGACCGUUAGCCAUAUUACCCGAGAAGACUGAAUUGGGAUUUGACUCAUAUUCACAUCCAUAUGAAGUGGAGAUCGAAAAGUUUGAACCAAAGGAACAUUUCUUGCAAAUAGAAAUACCAGAAUUUCCGAAACCGCUGUCUGAGACACCAUUCAAAUACAUUACAACAAUUGAAGAUUUAAUUGAAUUGUGCAAAGAUCUCAAGACAUGUGAUGUUAUUGCAGUUGAUUUGGAGCAUCACUCGUACCGAACAUUUCAAGGUUUUACGUGUUUAAUGCAAAUAUCAACCAAAAGCUGUGAUUAUGUUAUCGACACAAUUGAGUUGAGAUCUGAAAUGAAUUUACUGAACGAAGUAUUUCAUGGGGCGGAUAUGGAUGUGGUUUGGCUGCAAAGAGAUUUUGGCAUUUAUAUAGUGAACCUCUUCGAUACGUUUCACGCGUCAAAAUUGCUUGACUUUUCCCAUCUCUCGCUCUCAUUCUUAUUAAAACAUUACUGUAAUCUUGAGGCCGACAAACAGUUUCAAUUGGCCGACUGGCGGAUCAGACCACUCACUCCCGAGCUCUUGAAAUACGCGCGCGAAGACACCCAUUACUUGAUAUUUAUUUACAUUCAAAUGAAGAAUCAAUUGAUUGCCGCCGGAAAUAAUGAAAAAAAUUUAUUGAAAGCAGUGUUUGAAAGGAGUAAAAAUAAAUACGAAAAACCAUUACAUAAUAGCGAGAGCUAUCGUUCGUUGCUUAAGAAAUGCAAAGUUAACUUUAAUUCAAGACAAAUGUUUGCAUUGAAAGAGUUGUACGAUUGGAGGGACAGAAUGGCUCGAAAUGAAGAUGAAAGCACAGGUUAUGUUUUGCCAAAUCAUAUGCUUUUACAUAUGGCUGAAGUUUUGCCGCGGGAACAGCAGGGAAUUCUGGCCUCUUGUAAUCCAGUGCCGCCUUUAGUUAAGCAACAACUCAAUGAAAUUCAUUUAAUAAUAUUGAAGGCGAGGGAUAGACCGGUAACCAAAUCGGAUGAAAAAGUGACCAAACAGUCAAACAUUGAUAGAUUUGCGAAUCGAGUGAUUGAUUUGGACGAACAGAUCGAUUCAAAACACGACAAAUUUGCCGCAGACUCUGAUAUCAAUACUAAGCCUUUGAUUGAACAGUUUGAAGACAAAGAGUUUUGUGAAUUACAAGAGUCAGCGAAUGAGGAACCGCUCAAAAAAUGUUCACAAUUUAUUGAUUUCUUUAAUAACAAGACUCAACCGAUUAGAUGUAAAACCGUUGAAAACAUUUCGUCGUCUUUUAUAUCACAGUUUGAGAGAUAUAACUUAACGAUUGGACGACAAAACGAUAUUAAACCCGAAGAAAACGGAAAGAUUGCGGACAAAGUGAUGAAGAAAUUAAAGAAAUAAAAUGUACUAAAAAUUUAAUAAUUAUAGUAAAAUGGUG